CGGCGUCCCUGGCAGAGCAUGGUGACAGCCUGUGUUCUCGGCCCCCUCAUCUGGCGCAGCUGGAAGAGGCGCCAGCCUUGGGAGCCGAUGGCUGCCCACGUGAGGGAGUGAGUGGCCUCGCCCGGCCCUACAGAUUGAGGGGGGACGCAGCAGCUGAGUGACCUGGGACGGCGCUGCUGACCCCCUCCCACCAGUUGACGAAUGGUGGGCGGAGCGACGAGUGACCUUUGUCGGGGUCAUGGAGUAAUAGUGGGAAGCAAGGCGUGAGCGUCCCCUGUGGUCAUCUGUUAACUUCUUGGUGGAAACAGAGGUCUGAGCGCCCCAAGCUGACCCCGCGGACCCUCCCAGCCCCCGCCCAGCUGAUGGGGCCACUGGGGCCCUGAGCAGCCACCUGACCAUCCAGACCCCACCCUGCCCGGCCAUGGCUGGUGCUGAAGGCUUCCAAUACCGGGCGCUUUACCGGUUCCGCCGGGAGCGGCCCGAGGACCUAGAGCUGCUGCCGGGCGACGUGCUGGUGGUGAGCCGGGCAGCCUUGCAGGCGCUGGGCGUGGCGGAGGGCAGUGAGCGCUGCCCACAGAGUGUGGGCUGGAUGCCUGGCUUCAACGAGCGCACGCGGCAGCGUGGCGACUUCCCCGGCACCUACGUUGAGUUCCUGGGGCCUGUGGCCCUGGCCCGGCCUGGCCCUCGCCCCCGAGGCCCCCGCCCACUGCCUGCCAGGCCCCGAGAUGGACCCCCGGAGCCAGGCCUCACACUCCCCGACCUGCCUGAGCAGUUCUCCCCACCUGAUGCGGCUCCUCCCAUCCUGGUGAAGCUCGUGGAAGCCAUUGAGCAGACAGGGCUAGACGGUGACUCCCUCUACAGGCCGGAGCCGCCCGCCCCGCGCACAGACUGGUCCCUGAGCGACGUGGAGCAGUGGGACGCGGCCGCCCUGUCAGACGGCGUCAAGGGCUUCCUGCUGGCGCUGCCCGCGCCCCUCGUGACGCCCGAGGCGGCGGCCGAGGCGCACCGGGCCCUGCGGGAGGCCGCGGGGCCCGUGGGACCGGCGCUGGAGCCGCCGACGCUGCCGCUGCACCGCGCGCUCACGCUGCGCUUCCUGAGCCGAGGAGGGCUGCGGGCGCUCCGGCAGGAAUGUGGACCGGCCCGGCCCGGGGCUGUUGUGCUGGCGGAGGACAGGAAAGAUAAUGAGGGCUGGGAGCUGGGCUCUGGGAAGACCUCAACAGGGCUUGGGACGCAGGCUGAGCAGGCCCAGACCACAGUGGAGGCACGCGGGUGGUGUCUGCACUUUCCCUUCUGUUCCCCUCAUCCCGGGUGCUGGACUCCUAUUCGGUCGUGCACUGAGCCCGGCCCAGACUUCCCAGGGCUGCUGGUGGAGAAGUUGCUUCAGGAGCAUCUGGAGGAGCAGGAGGUGGCACCCCCAGCACUACCACCUAAACCCCCCAAGGCAAAGCCGGCCCCCACAGGUGUGGCCAAUGGGGGGAGCCUGCCCUCCCUGCAGGAUGCUGAGUGGUACUGGGGCGACAUCUCCAGGGAGGAGGUGAAUGAGAAACUCCGGGACACGCCUGAUGGCACCUUUCUGGUCCGAGAUGCCUCCAGCAAGAUCCAGGGGGAGUACACGCUGACCCUCAGGAAAGGCGGGAACAACAAGCUGAUUAAAGUUUUCCACCGUGAUGGGCACUAUGGCUUCUCAGAGCCGCUGACCUUCGGCUCCGUGGUGGACCUCAUCACCCACUACCGCCAUGAGUCGCUGGCCCAAUACAACGCCAAACUGGACACGCGGCUCCUCUACCCCGUGUCCAAGUACCAGCAGGACCAGAUCGUCAAGGAGGACAGCGUGGAGGCGGUGGGUGCUCAGCUCAGGGUCUACCACCAGCAGUACCAGGACAAGAGCCGCGAGUACGACCAGCUGUACGAGGAGUACACGCGCACCUCCCAGGAACUGCAGAUGAAGCGCACGGCAAUUGAAGCUUUCAAUGAGACGAUUAAGAUCUUUGAAGAGCAGGGCCAGACACAAGAGAAGUGCAGCAAGGAAUAUCUGGAGCGCUUCCGGCGUGAGGGCAAUGAGAAGGAGAUGCAAAGGAUCCUGCUGAACUCAGAGCGGCUCAAGUCUCGCAUCGCUGAGAUCCACGAGAGCCGCACAAAGCUGGAGCAGGAGCUGCGUGCACAGGCCUCAGACAACCGGGAGAUUGACAAGCGCAUGAACAGCCUCAAGCCAGACCUCAUGCAGCUGCGCAAGAUCCGAGACCAGUACCUCGUGUGGCUUACCCAGAAAGGCGCCCGGCAGAAGAAAAUCAACGAGUGGUUGGGGAUCAAAAACGAGACUGAGGACCAAUAUGCGCUGAUGGAGGAUGAGGAGGACCUCCCCCACCAUGAGGAGCGCACGUGGUAUGUGGGCAAGAUCAACCGCACGCAGGCCGAAGAAAUGCUGAGUGGCAAGCGGGAUGGCACCUUCCUCAUCCGCGAGAGCAGCCAGCGGGGCUGCUAUGCCUGCUCGGUGGUGGUGGACGGCGACACCAAGCACUGCGUCAUCUACCGCACGGCCACGGGCUUCGGCUUCGCGGAGCCCUACAACCUGUACGGCUCGCUGCGGGAGCUGGUGCUGCACUACCAGCACACGUCGCUGCUGCAGCACAACGACGCGCUCGCCGUCACGCUUGCCCACCCGGUGCGCGCGCCCGCGCCCGCGCGUUGAGCCGCCGCCCGCCCUCCGCGCCCUCGUCCCGGCUGCCUGUGUCCCCCUCUCUCGGUCUCUUCCGUCCCCAACUCUCCGUCCUCCUUCCUGUCUCUCUGUCUUUCUUGCUCUCUCUCCUAAGCCUCUGUGUUGGGGUUCCUGCCUCCCCGACCUCGGACUGCCCUCCCCCACGGACACUGCCCUGCCCACGGCUCUGGCCACUCCGAGCCGGGGCCCCCGGGGUCCCCGAAGCCCCACCUGGCUGCACCUGCCAUGUUUACAGAAGCCCCUGGGCUGCGCGGCCCCAGCCUGGGCACCCCGAUUUUUAAGCCAUAGACGUGGGGUCAGGGCAGGAAGGAACUUCGCUUGGCCACUUCCAAGAACCUCGGCUGUGACAUUUGGGGCUGGGCGGGACCCGCCCCACAGCCCCCAACUUCCCCUCCAAACCCUGAAGUGAAACCUGCCACUGGGUUACCCCCACAAUGGGGCUGCUGCCGAGAAAUACCCCCGAAAAAAAAAGAUAAUUAAAAAUAAGACUGGGAGCCGGCCCCAUGGGGCCCGCGGCCUGCGGGGCGCUGCCACCGGCGCUGUAGGGGCUGCCUCCCCGCGCCCGCACCCCUGCUGCGCGCCCAGUCGGGGCCUCCGAUCAUGCUGGGUUCUGAUUUUAUUUCUCCUUGACUGUAAAGCCCCCUUUCCUCUCCUCUUUUGGGAUGAGAGCCCUGGUUUUCUACACCACCCGCGGACCCUCCCACCUGCCCGGCUCGCCCGGCGGGUUUUGUAUGGGACGUUGAUACUGAUAUGGAUAUAAAACAUUGAACACGA